AUGAAGAGGGUACGAUUUGCGUCCCCAUUAAAAGUGAGAGAUACAAACAUUAUGAACUAUGACACAGAAUGCCACUCUCCACGUCCUUUCAUAGAAAAACAAACAGAACCUUCAUCUCCAAGGUAUAAUGGCUUUGGUAGCCCCCGUUUGGUAUCAUACACAAAUGAUCCAAUCCAAAAAUUUGAAUUUUCAAAUAGUUUACCAUAUCCCACUGUUAAUAAAACGCCUACUUCUAAUUUUGCAACUUUUUCUGGCCAUGGACUUCCAUCAAGUGAUUUAGAUCUUAGCAUGUUGGAUUCAGCUGGUCAAGAACCUCGAAGUGUUCCUCAGAAAAUAUUCCUAGAUAAGACUAAUGAUGUUUACAAAAUUAAUUAUGUGCCAGAAAAUAUCUUAAAACCAGUGGAUUCUAACCCUAAGUUACCAAAUACACUUAAUAAAAAUGACAACUUUUUUCUUAAAAGGGAAAAUAUUGCAAAUCUUAAUGCACAGCAACCAUUACCUGACCAAAAGAAUAUAAUAACACUUGAAAAAGAAAACAAUCCUUUUGAAAUAAAAAAGGAAAUAAUUAAGUUUGGUACUUUAAAUCAAAAUAAAAACAUAAAUGAACACACUCAUCUAAAUCCAUAUGAGAGAUCUUGUAAUUGUCAUCAUUGUCAUAAUAAUCAAUAUUACAUGGAACAGCAUUGCUUCCGGUCUCCGAGACCUUGUCUUAAAGCAAACUAUGCACACCACUUUUCUCCUUCAACUAGUUGUGUUUGCCAUUCAGAAAGUGCUCAAUCACCAUUAAAUGCUGUUAAUAAAAAAAGUUGGGAAAUAGAGAAAUAUGAAAAAAGCAAAAAAUCUGAUGACUUAAGUGCUAAUGUACAAAGCUCUAAUAAGGAAAAAAGGGAACCUACCGUCUCAGAUUUGUUUCAGAUAAUUAAGCUGCAAAAUGAACAGCUACAGCUACUGCAAGAAAAAGUAGAUCGGUUUAUAGCAUCUUCUAACAAAAAUGAUAAUGUUAACUCUAAACAAAAGUGUCUUAUUGACCAAACCUGUGCAGGAUCAAAUGAAGAACAUCAUAAAAUAUCUAUUGGAGUAAUGACAAGCUUUGAAAUGGUAAGAACAUCUACAGUUAUAAACAAAGAGAUUAUUAAGCAAAAUGAAGCACAAAUUCAGUGUAACAGAUCUCAAAUAAGCAUAAAAGAAGUGGUGUCUAAAGGUCAGCCUGUAAAUAUAAAUUUUUUGGAUGGUAUACAGAAAAAAAAUGAUACAGAUACAUCUAUGCAUGAUUCUCUUUUUGUAAAUGGUAAUAUUACAAAAAAUACUGGGUUUGAAGAUAAAACUUUUAAUGAGUUGAGUUUGUAUAAUUUGCAAGUUAACAAUGACACAACACCACAAAUGUCUCCAGAACCUAGUCUAUAUUUGGAUGUUAAGGAUUACAGUGAUACUGACACAGACAGUGAUGAUCCGGCUAAUAUUGGAUGGACCUAUUACAAUAAAGUCAUGACACGAGUAAAUGGCUUACUUCAAGAUUCAGAUAUGCCAUCAUCAGCAAGUGCCUUAUACAGAAAUACAAGACGUUUAAUGCAAAUUGACAAGACUAAUGUUAGUGUAACCAAAAGAGUGACAUUUGGAGAAAAUCCAAUACAACCUAGGGCUCCUUCAACUGACACAAGUUUAAAAAUGAACCAACUUGCAGCUAAGUACUUAAACAAUGGACAAGUUACAACUAAACCUGCAAAUGAUUUGUCUUUUGCUACCAAAAGUUAUAUGGAGAAACAUAGAGUUAUUCAAGGUAAUCAAGGAAGACUUCAACAAGAACUACCCAAGUUUUUAGAUGUGACUGUUUUGAAACAGCAACAAAAGUUACUUUAA